UGUUGAACUUAAAAAAAAUGUGACAUCAAAAUGUGCACUUUCAAUUAUAUUGUAAAGGAACUUUAUAUAAGGAGCAUAAGAGUAAUACUGAAAUGAACUAACUCAAAGUUAAUACAGGUUAAGCAUUUGUAUCAAGCUAGAUAAAAAAGUUUAUUCUGCAACUGUCACAUUGGCCUUGGCAGUGGUGAAAUCUGUGGGAUUCACACACCUGUGGGCAUCAGCCACGAGAAAACACCUGUUCUGUGAACUUCUGAGGGAAAAUAUAUAGAUGACAGAAGUGUUCAGAGUGCAGAAAGUCCAGACAGACUGCAAACAUGCUGAGGAUCCUGUUGUUGAGCCUGCUGGCCACCCUGGCGCUGGCUGAGCCCAGAUAUCUGGAGGAGGUCCCUGAGGAGAGGGUCGUUGGUGGAGAGGUGGUAAAACCCAACUCUUGGCCUUGGCAGAUCUCUCUCCAGUACCUGUCUGGCGGCAGCUACUAUCAUACCUGUGGUGGGACUCUGAUCAGAAAUAAUUGGGUGAUGACCGCCGCCCACUGCGUUGACAGCUCGAGAACUUGGCGUGUUGUCCUGGGCGACCAUGACAUCUACAACCAUGAGGGUCGUGAGCAGUACAUGAGCGUCAGCGCCGUCCACAUCCACCCCAACUGGAAUAGCAACAGUGUGUCUUCUGGGUAUGUAAACAUUACAUACACAACAUACAUAACUGUGGAGGCAAUUAUACACAACUUAUAA